UUUUGAUAAGACAUAAAAAAAAAUAUUAUUUUAUUUCAACCAUCAGAUCUUCAAAUUCGUGUAUUGGCUUUGUCCAUUCAUCAACUCACCACGUUCUUCACAGGCACCCGUCGUCUCCAUCUCGUUCUCUCGGAUUCGGAAAGGACAUCAGGAAAGGUUCAAUAUGGGUGCAGAAAACAACAUUGAGAUUGAGGAUGGAACUCUGGAAAUUGGAAUGGAAUAUAGAACUGUCUCUGGAGUUGCUGGACCUCUGGUUAUUCUUGACAAGGUCAAGGGACCCAAGUACAUGGAAAUUGUGAACAUUCGCCUCGGAGAUGGUACGACCCGGCGUGGGCAAGUGUUGGAGGUUGAUGGAGAUAAGGCUGUUGUUCAGGUUUUUGAAGGAACUUCUGGAAUUGACAACAAAUAUACAACCGUCCAGUUUACUGGAGAGGUUCUGAAAACACCUGUCUCAUUGGAUAUGCUGGGUCGAAUUUUUAAUGGAAGUUCAAUCAAUCCUAGUGAGAGAACAUAUCCUGAAGAGAUGAUACAGACUGGAAUCUCAACAAUCGAUGUCAUGAACUCGGUUGCCCGAGGACAGAAAAUUCCUCUUUUCUCUGCUGCCGGUCUUCCACACAAUGAAAUAGCUGCUCAAAUAUGUCGUCAGGCUGGUUUGGUGAAACGACUUGAGAAAUCUGACAACCUUCUUGAGGAUGGUGAAGAAGAUGAUUUUGCCAUUGUUUUUGCAGCUAUGGGAGUUAACAUGGAGACAGCUCAGUUCUUCAAACGCGAUUUUGAGGAAAAUGGAUCCAUGGAGAGGGUUACCCUUUUCCUCAAUUUGGCCAAUGACCCAACAAUAGAACGUAUCAUUACACCUCGCAUUGCCCUAACAACAGCAGAAUAUUUAGCAUACGAAUGUGGGAAGCAUGUUCUUGUCAUAUUGACAGACAUGAGUUCUUAUGCCGAUGCUCUUCGUGAGGUCUCUGCUGCUCGAGAGGAAGUACCUGGAAGACGUGGAUACCCUGGUUACAUGUACACUGAUCUGGCAACUAUAUAUGAAAGGGCUGGACGUAUUGAAGGACGAAAGGGCUCCAUUACACAAAUUCCCAUUUUAACCAUGCCCAAUGAUGAUAUCACACACCCAACUCCAGAUCUUACCGGUUAUAUUACUGAGGGGCAGAUAUACAUUGACAGACAACUUCAUAAUAGACAGAUAUAUCCUCCGAUCAAUGUGCUGCCAUCAUUGUCUCGUCUAAUGAAGAGUGCGAUUGGUGAGGGCAUGACCCGUAGGGAUCACUCUGACGUGUCCAACCAGCUAUACGCGAACUAUGCCAUUGGGAAGGAUGUUCAGGCAAUGAAAGCCGUGGUCGGAGAAGAAGCCCUUUCCUCCGAAGAUCUGCUAUACCUCGAGUUCCUCGAUAAGUUCGAGAGGAAAUUUGUGACACAGGGAGCCUACGACACGCGCAACAUUUUCCAGUCUCUCGACUUGGCGUGGACACUGCUCAGGAUCUUCCCCCGGGAACUUCUUCAUCGUAUUCCAGCAAAGACGCUCGAUCAGUACUACAGCAGGGACACAUCUAAUUAAAGGCAAGGGGGGUUAAGAGAAGAAAGCCCGUGUCUUUUGGCGUGUGGAAUUGCUAUGUGUUCGUUUGAUGUGUAUUUUAUUGGGGUGGUUUUUUUUUUCUCUGGUUUUUUGAAUAAGUGAUGAUCUUCUUCUGUUUGUGCACACGGGACAGAGAAAGACGUUAUUCUUUGUAAGAGAUUAUUAGUGUAAUUCGUUUAUAUUUCGAGUCACUCUACGGUUCUUAAAUUGUAAGCUGCCGGACAAUGGGUGGCCUGUAUCAUUAUAUUUAAAAAUAAAUAAAUACGAGAUGUUUGUAGCUUUGAUUUGUCUUGAAUCGAUUUUGGUUGUGUGGAAUCGACCAGUUGUGGAUAUAUGCCCUG